GUUAAUUCGUCAAAAGGAAAUUUGGUUGGGUAAUAAACCCGGGAUGGACGAAUGGGCCGAGCCCAGUGAAGACAACUAGGAAACACUUGCACAAAUUAAAGAUGUGGGGGUUGCUGUCCAUACACCUCAUCCACCUCUAUCCGCCACAGAGGCAGAGCUACGGCGUACGAGAGUUGCUUCGCUCCUACAGACCAAACCAAACUGAUGCUUUCAGAUGCCCGGAACGGUAAAGAUGGAGAAUCAUGUUGUUGUUAUCUUAUAUGAAUACAAGUGGAAGUAGAGUGUACAAGGAUAAGGAGCAAGUGACAAGAAACAAAACAAAAAAAGUUGCGGAUCCAUGAAAACAAUUUCAUUUCAAUCUCCGUAUAAUUGGGAUGGUGUUUCAUGCUGUACCUACUCUUCUUCUCUUUCAACUACUACUUACAAGGUUAUCAAAAUGGGCGGAAGCAAGAAGCAGUCUAGAACUCCGUCUCCUAAGGGUUCGGAGCCAACUCCUCUCAGAAUUACAUCGAAUGUCAAGCAGAAUCUGCAGUUUUUAAAGUUAUGGAAGGAGUUCCAACAGAGAAAGUCUGGCACACCUAAGCCUGCUACCAGCUAUAGGAGAAAGAAGGUUCAGAAGGAGGACCUUCCAGAAGAUACAGAAGUCUAUCGUGAUCCUACCAUGAACCUCUACUAUACAAACCAGGGUAUAGAUAGCGCAAUCCCUGUCUUGCUUGUUGAUGGUUAUAAUGUAUGUGGCUACUGGAUGAAGUUGAAGAAACACUUUAUGAAUGGGAGACUCGAUAUUGCUCGCCAAAAGCUAAUUGAUGAGCUUGUAACAUUCAGUCUGCUAAGAGAGGUAAAAGUGGUAGUUGUAUUUGAUGCCAUGAUGUCUGGACUUCCUACACACAAGGAAGAUUUUGCCGGUGUCGAUGUAGUUUACUCAGGUGAAACAUGUGCUGAUGCGUGGAUCGAAAAGGAGGUUGCAGCUUUGAAGGAGGAUGGAUGCCCCAAAGUCUGGGUUGCCACUUCUGAUCAUAGUCAGCAGCAUGCAGCAUAUGGAGCAGGUGCCUUUGUUUGGAGUAGUAAGGCGUUGGUUUCUGAGAUUAAAGCAUCACAGAGGGAGGUUGAGAUGAUGCUUCAAGAACAAAGAUCUACUUUUCAGGGUAAAUUGUUAAAGCACAAUCUUGAUUCAGAAGUCGUAGAUGCUCUUAAAGAUCUGAGGAAGAAGCUAUCUGAGAAUGAGUCAAAGACUCAAAGUAGCUGAUCAGGUACAUAAGAGAGCAUGUUAAUAACUAGUUGUAAUGAGAUUAAGAAUGUGGUGGAUGAGGAAGAAGGGAGUAGUUUCUCUCAUUUGGGGAGCUGUGCGCCAUGAUGACCGACUUGAACAAAUUAAGUGGCAUUGGGAAUUUCAUUGGCUUGGCUGCAUCAACCAUGACCUAAAGCAUGAAGAUAGCAUCCCAAGUUAUGGUUGGCUGCAUCAUGUUCAAUGAACGAAAAGCACAGCAGCAAUAAACAGUUGCCAUGCUCUUCCAACUUCCAAGGAUGAUUGCCAGUGCAGGGUUGUGACACUGACGUCUGACGUCUGACGUCUGAUGGCUACGCUAUUUGUAAAUUUAUUUCAUGUAGUACAUGUUCAACCCUGUUUUAUCACACACGUUGGAUUGUUUUUCCUAAAAACUAAAAUGAAUGAAGUAAUAGAAUUACAUGGUUUUAA